ACACAUCUGAGUGGUUUAAGAGAGGUCAUGUGCAGGACUGUAGGCAUGAGGGAGGGAUUGGGUAACACUCCAAAGCAAGUUGGAAUUGACUACUGACUCCACAGCCCAUUGCUGUGUGAGCUUCCUGUCCUAAGGAUGCCAUGAGGGCUGCUGUCCUAAGGCAAUGAAUAAAAUACAGUCAAUGAAUAAAAUACAGUUGUCCUGAGAUACCCAUCCCUGGUGUCUGCCAGCUACGCUUUGUAAGCUAAUUUGAUGUGGUGUGUGCAGAAGAAUGGUGUGUGCAGAAGAAGCCAUAAAAGUUUUAACCAAGGGCUGGGUCAGCUUCUCAUAACCGGAGAGUUAACCGGUCUGCAGAACAGCUUUGUAGUGAGUUUGAGGCGCUCACAUAGUAGUACACUGUCUGCUAAAGCCCAUGAGACAGCAAUGAAAUGAGAGUUCACCAUGGUUAAACUACAUACUUCCAAUCUGUGCCCGAUGAACAGGAGUUCUUUGUUUCUUCCCUACCCCUGGCUUCCAGCUCUGCUCAGGUCUGCAGAGCCCUAUGUCUUCAUGUCUUUGUGGGGAAUGCUGGUCAGCUGAGUGGAAUUUGGGAUGCUCACCUGGCAAGCCAUCUCUUGUCCAGAAUAGUCUGUUAGGACCUUCUUCUAGGUACCAAAAAUCCUUUAUGUAUGAGCUGCUCUUGUCUUUGUGACUUAUCAAAGCCUGUGGUAAGCAAAUGUUGCAGAAGUGCUACCACCGUGGCCUGUAGAGUUGUCUUUCUGUGAAAGGGCUGUUUUACCAAAUUCCUUGCCUUCCUAAGGGUUGAAAUGACCUUCAUACAGUGGUUCGUCAAAGUUGGCACUUGGAUGCCUCUGAGUAGACGUAUACCAUUCAGAACUGAUUGAUUUAUAUUUACUGUCUGAUUUUCAAAGGCAUUUGAGCUUUAUUUGACAAUGAAACAUGCCUCAUAGUCUGGGGGGAAAAAGCUACAUCUUGUGCCAUCUCAGAAACAGACUUUGGAAUGGAAAGAGCAUUUGUGACUCCAUCCCUAAAACAUAUAUCUGCAUAGAGUGCUGGUGCCUGCGUGCAUGUUUGAUAGGACAUGCCAAAUUUCAGAGGAUUUAUGAAGCUGUGCUUGCCAUCGAAACCACAUUCUAUCUUAAGAGAUUAUAUUUAUUGGGAAUGUAACUAUUGGCAAAAUUUUACAAAGUUUGACAAGUGGUCAAUAAAUCAGCAAAAUGGACUGGUGCUUCCUUGUUUUGAACACUGCCACGUACGGCCUUUUGUGAGCUAGUGCGCCUGUGAAUGUGUGGACUGCCACCAGUGCCUCUUUCUAAUUAACUUCUGGUUUUUCCAGGACAGAAUUAAUUUCUCUGGCUCUGAGACCCAUGCAUCUUUGGGGGUGGUUGGUGCUGGUAUUACAGUUCCAGUUACUAUGGCAAUGACAGCAGGGGCAACAACCACCUUUCCUAUGAGCAACCAUACCCGGGAAAGAGUGACUGUGGCCAAGCUCACACUGGAGAAUUUUUACAGCAACCUAAUUUUGCAGCAUGAAGAGAGAGAAACCAGGCAGAAGAAAUUAGAAGUGGCCAUGGAAGAAGAAGGAUUGGCAGAUGAGGAGAAAAAGUUACGCCGAUCACAACAUGCUCGUAAAGAAACAGAGUUCUUACGGCUCAAGAGGACCAGACUUGGCCUGGAUGACUUUGAGUCUCUGAAGGUUAUAGGGAGAGGAGCUUUCGGAGAGGUGCGGCUGGUCCAGAAGAAGGACACGGGGCACAUCUAUGCCAUGAAGAUCCUGAGGAAAGCUGACAUGCUUGAAAAGGAGCAGGUGGCUCAUAUCCGAGCAGAAAGAGACAUUUUGGUGGAAGCGGACGGUGCCUGGGUGGUGAAGAUGUUCUACAGUUUUCAGGACAAGCGGAAUCUCUACCUGAUCAUGGAGUUUCUUCCUGGAGGUGACAUGAUGACGUUGCUGAUGAAGAAGGACACCUUGACGGAAGAGGAGACACAGUUCUACAUCUCAGAGACUGUCUUGGCGAUCGACGCAAUCCACCAGCUGGGCUUCAUCCACCGGGACAUCAAGCCAGACAACCUUUUACUGGAUGCUAAGGGGCAUGUAAAAUUGUCUGAUUUUGGUUUGUGCACGGGGUUAAAGAAAGCGCACAGGACUGAGUUCUACAGAAACCUCUCACACAACCCACCAAGUGACUUCUCGUUUCAGAACAUGAACUCGAAACGGAAAGCGGAGACCUGGAAGAAGAACAGGAGACAGCUGGCAUACUCCACAGUCGGAACGCCAGACUACAUUGCUCCAGAGGUCUUCAUGCAGACUGGCUACAGCACACUGUGUGACUGGUGGUCCUUGGGGGUGAUCAUGUAUGAAAUGCUAAUAGGCUUCCCACCUUUCUGCUCUGAGACCCCUCAGGAGACAUACAGAAAAGUUAUGAGCUGGAAGGAGACACUGGCAUUUCCUCCAGAAGUGCCUGUCUCUGAGAAAGCCAAGGACUUGAUUCUCAGAUUUUGUACUGAUUCUGAGAACAGAAUUGGGAAUGGUGGUGUAGAAGAGAUCAAAGGUCACCCCUUCUUUGAGGGUGUAGACUGGGGGCAUAUCAGGGAAAGGCCGGCAGCCAUCCCUAUAGAAAUCAAGAGCAUUGACGACACCUCAAACUUUGAUGACUUCCCCGAGUCUGAUAUCUUACAGCCAGUGCCGAACACCACAGAGCCCGACUACAAAUCCAAAGACUGGGUUUUUCUCAAUUACACCUAUAAAAGGUUUGAAGGGCUGACUCAGCGCGGCUCCAUCCCCACGUACAUGAAAGCUGGGAAAUCAUGAAGGAUGGUCACAGUCACCCGCAGCCAGAACUCAGGUAGCUGCAUCUCCAGGCUGGCUUGGCAUCAACCCCAAACACUCCCAGGAUGCUGGUGCUCACCAGCCCGAGGAACUUCAACAGGGUGGAUUCUGAGACGACCAUAGGAAUCGCUAGGGUUUUUUUUUUUUUUUAAUAUUAUUUGUAUUGACUUUAUUAUACAAAGGUACUGGAACAAAAGGAACGGAUAUUCCCUCCUAACUGCACUGCCUAUGUGCAUGUUGAGGUCCAUUCUGCCCGUGUUCUGCGCUUCCAACUGCAACACUAAUCCAGCCAGAACUGCGUAGCACUGAGCGCCAUGGCAGCCUGAGGUCGGUCACUCUUGGUGUCCCUGCUUCUCUGCAAAGCUCGUGGGUCUUGAAUCAGUAAAAGCAUCUGUAGCUGCUGUAGACCAUUCGCCGUGUUGGUUUGGAUGCUGUGGGCUCUACGUGAAGACAGUUUCUGUAAUGGUCCUAAGGAGAAGGACACUGACGUCAACAUGAGAAUUUCCUGUCAGGCUCUCACACAGACCCUGGGGUAGGGAAGGUGAUCUUCUGUCAGGGUGAGAACAUGUCUCACCUUCACUCCAGCAUCCUCCCAGGCUGACUGCUCUGAGUAGUGACGACUGUUUUGCACACGUAAGGAGAUGGACUACUGUCCUUGAGCAAAUGUCAGUUACUUUUCUUGUGAUCCAAGGACUUCUUUUUUAACAAGAGGACAGGCAUUAUUUUAACUGGGUGAUGGUGAGUUGAGUUUCAUAAAUGACCAUGAAAGCUGCUUGUAGACAUAGUGUAUUUUUAUUAAACUAUUUUUUUAAAUGUCAAACUUCUGAUCCUGUCAAUGGACACGUGGAGAACAAGAGUGUGACUCACUUUGGCUUUCUGCAAAGUCAGUGUGUGUCAUUGCUGGUAACCUUUGUUUCCUUUGGUAGCUUUAGUGCCAUUGUUUUCCAAUGAACCAAAGAUCCUGAACAGUGGCAGUCAGUGGUGAGUGGAAUUCCACUUUCCAGGGGGUGCUACACUCCAUGUGACAGACUUUUAACAGGCCAGCCCUGUUCAUGGUUAGUUCAUCACUGUGGUUGAAUUCCACAAUGGAGUAAUGGAAGCGGGUACAGGCCGGGGAGGGGCGGGGGUGACUGGAGAUUGGGCAGAAAACGUCAGCAUCAGAUUCCUCGGGUAUUUAUCUGAUGAUUGCAUCACCUUUUCUUGCUCAGCAUUUUGACUCUAAAACAACGUGCUAAGUUGUAGUUGAGAAAUAACUUCUCAGCAAAUGGCUAAUGUUUAUCAUCUGUGAUGGAGAUGGAAUGAGGAUUUAUUAGGAGGAAUGUCUCAUGGGGGGACUGAGCAAUGCCUUGUGCGAAUUUCCAAAAGCUUUUAUAACACUGCUGCUGGAUGACCCCUUUUUCAUCAAGGCCAUCAGCUCUUGAAGUAUUUUGGUGAAUUGCUGGGUCUGGUGAGUACUCUCCACCUGUUAGUCUACUGGCUUAACUGUACCCUGAUCCUGUGACUGAGUGUUUGGAGAAAGCAGACUGGACAUAGUGGAUAUCUCAUCUCACUGAUGACUUUAAUUAACUGCCUUAAUUUAUAUCGGAUGUAUGAGCUUCUCCAACUCACCUGUUUCAGAGGUAUUUAGCAGCAGAGACUCCAGCUAUAGAAUGGGAUUUUACUAGUGUGGGGGUGACUAGGUUGGAUGCAGAGCACUGCGUUCUCUAGCUCAGGUGUGAUUAACUACCUGUCUUCCACAGGGUGACAGUGUUGUCAAGUCCUGGUAACAGGGUAGGUUUAGACUAGUGUAAGGAAGAACCACCCAGCUUACGUUUCUGUGAUGUAGGGACAGCACUUUGACCUCCCUGUUGUGACCAGGAGGAACAGGUUUCCUGGUGGUGGAGGGCGUUUGAGAAGUUUGCUUUGCUAGAGUUAACACGAGUCAGUCUUCAGGGAUUAGUCAUGAAAGCCUUUCUUAAGCUACUAUCUAAAGGCAAUGAAGGACUGUGCCUGCCCCUUGGAAGCUAAAAAUAUGAGUCAGGGUUCAGAUGAAGCAAAUAAUUUGCAAAGAUCCCCUGUGACUGACUUUUCCAUUGUAUAACCCCCGUAUCUCAGGUGAAUCAUGUAAUUUAAGUGACAAAAGUCUGUCUAAUCACUGGGCAUAGUGACAUUUUCUCUAGUCUCUAUUUUGAAUCAAGGAAGUUUUAUUAUGUGGUUUGGGCUUUUCUAAGGAUAUAGAAAGUGUGUAUAAUCCAGAUUUAUUGGUUUCCUGUUUUAAUACAGACAUUUACUUUUUCAUUAAAACCUUUGUGUUAAAGCAGUUGCUAACAGCUAAGUCUGCAGGUGUGUAAAACCCUAGGCUGUCCAGAAGAAGCAGUGACCACUUAGCCAUAGGUGACUGAUCAGCUGUUAGUUUAGUGAAAAUGCCAGCUGUGGGCUAUUAAAAAAGAUUCUUCGGUUGCUAAGGCUUAAGAUGGGGCUCAUUUAGUCCUAUAACAGCAUAGCUUUCUAACACAUGCAUAACUUUGCACAAGGUGUACAUUUUUAAAUAUUUUGAAGCAUAUUUAUGUUUGAUGUUUUGCUGUAGAACACCUUUAGACAGUCUAUGCUGUCAAGAGUAAUGGCUACCUGUCUUUUGGCGGUCUACAAGUAAGUUACUUGACGAUCAGAAAAGAGUCCCUGGCUACCUGACACACUCUGUCUUUGAGUUGUUAAAAUUCAGAAAAUUCAAAAGCAACUGUUUUGCUGUGAUCACAAUUAUUUCUCAUUUUAUUUCAAAUUAAUUUUCUCUGUAGAAGUGCACUUAUUUCUGAAAAUCUUAUGAAGCCAACACUUAAUAAAUAUAAGACACUUGGGACUACUAGAAAUAUUUUAGAUUUUUAUUACAAAAUGUGAGCAAAUAAUGCUGCUUUAAAAGGAAUAAAGAAAUAAAAGUG